AACGGAAACCGACGGUUCUUUUCUCUGGCGGAUCUGACGUUGAAAAACAGGUCGGAUAUGCGCACGGCAGUUCAGCUAGUGACUGUUUUCUGAAAGUCACAAUUCCAAAUACAUACAGUAACAGAAAAGGAUUAGCGAUUUAACAUGGAUCAGGACGAUUCCCACAGUUCACGGAGACAGCAACUUGUUGCCAGCGUUAAGAGGAUAGCGAAAUCAACUUCUCAAGAUGUCCAGCGUCAGAUUGCACAGCUGCAGAGGGGAGAGGUACCUGCUUACCUGCUUAAAAGUAAUUCACUAGAUUGGAAAGUCCUGAAGAACGAAGACAGGUUUGAGUACUGCGUGACUGUAAUAACAGAGAAGGCGAUUACGGCAGCGGCGGAGCUUAUUAUGCAUGAAUAUGAAGGGCUUGUAGAAAAAGUAUUUGCAACUUUCAAUUGUAAAAUAUUCGAGGAGAAGCAUGAAACUGACCACUUGAACCUUCAGCAAGAAAAAACCAGAAGCGACUUGCGGCCAGUGUGGGAAUCCGUGUGUUGUAAAGAGGAGAUUCUUCGCAAAGAAAGCAGCGGCGAUCAAGCCGGAGAUUACCGCGGUGAAGAACACCUUGGUGUUGGGAAUCGGGAGCCAGAAAUGGCUUACGACAUAGCGAAUGAAACAUAUGACUGUAAACGGGAGCCUGAAGUACAUGACAGCAUUGGGACACACAGAAAUCGUCCUUUGACCAGAUCAGCUUGUGUUAUUUCACUUGUACCUAAAAUUCGGAAAGAAAUCCGUCCAGGUUUAACAAGUCGGCUGGCUGGAUAUCAAGGACCUACCGAAGCCUCUUUGCAGCUUGAAGUGGGCCUUAGCCACAUGGGCAGUGCAAACAUCUCCUCUUUGGAAAAUGAAGAAGGAUCUCCCAAAUAUGUUUCGAAUAACAUGGAGCAACCCGAUACGUUUUCAGACUGUAAUUCAGAGCGAGGAUCAAUGAACACCGAGGCAAAAGAGUCAAUUGGGGUGAAAGAAGAGGCCUCCGAAGUCGAUUUAGAUUCUGAUACUAAGGGGAAAGUUUUUGUUGCAAACUGUGUAGAUGAAAACAUCUUCAGCAUGAGUGCAACACAACAUAGCAGCUCUCUGCCCACUGCUGAAGAACACCAUUUAUGUAACGGUGGGCAUGAGGAAAUGGAGAGAACAGGAAAGAAGCGUAUAAAGACCGAGUGUUUAAAAGAGUUGCAGCAAGCCCAUGCUUUAGAUGAGAUGCACGUCAAUGAGAAAAGCACAGAGACCCCCACAAAGUUAGAUGAUGCCCAAAACAGAAACCAGAAAGCGGGAAACAGCAAAGCUGGUACUGCUUUGGGAAAGCCCUUUAUUCAAAUGAUAAACCUAAAAUUAAUGCAAACUGAAAACAACCCAUGCCAAAGCACAGAAUUUGGGAAGAUUGGCUACAUUAAGGUAUGUGAAGAUGUUCACCCAGGAGAAAAAGUGCACCAAUAUCCUAUAAGCAAGCAACCUUUCAUCCCACCUGCAACCCUUAAUGAACGUCAAAAAAACCACCCAGCAAAAAAGCCACACCAGUGCAGUGAAUGUGGCAAGGCUUUCCAACAGGCGGCACACCUUAAAAUACAUAACAGCAUUCACACCGGAGAAAAACCGUUUCAGUGUAAUGAAUGUGGAAAAACUUUCAGCCUGGCUUUGUACCUUAAAAGACAUAAAAGAGUUCAUAUGGGGAAGAGUUUUCACCCAUGUACUGAAUGUGGAAAGAGUUUUUGCUAUGCCGAAAAGCUCAUAAGACACAAGAAACUUCACUCGGGUGAAAAGCCCUACCAGUGUACUGAAUGCGGGAAGGCGUUCAGCCAGGCUUGGAACCUGAAAUCACAUAAGAUGAUUCACACCGGAGAAAAACUGUACAAGUGCACUCAGUGCGAAAAGGCUUUUUACCAUAAUACAGAACUCAGACGACAUCAAAGAUCUCACACAGGAGAAAAGCCAUUCCAGUGUAAUGAAUGUGGAAAGGCCUUCGGCAGGUUCUCUUCUUUAAAGGCACACAGGAGGAUCCACACCGGAGAAAAACCGUACAAGUGUGCCGAAUGUGGAAAAACGUUUACCUGGUUUAUGUCUUUUAAAAAACAUAAGGAUAUUCACACAGAAGAAAAGCUGUACCAGUGCAGUGAAUGUGGAGUAACUUUCACUUAUUCUGUAUCCUUAAUGAAACAUAAGAGAAUUCAUACUGGGAAGAAGGCACAUGUUCUGGUUAUUACCACACAGCAGCCCAACUACUGCUCACUACUGGGCUGGGGAACUGACAUUCUGGAAGUUAAACCUCCCAGCAGUUACGGAGUCUCCAGGUGUAUCACCAAGUCAGAUUCCUAUCAUAUUUUUACUGAUCAUCUUGCGUCCAGCACUGAGAAAACAGCGAGCAUGCCCUUCCAGACUGAUUUGUACAAUAACGAUGAACAAAUCAAAGGAGACCAAGAACGUCUGAAGACGGGAGACGCUUCUGAUUCUCAUGUGUCAAAAGUAAAGGCAGCGGAAACUAAAACUAACGAGGAGGUUGUGAUUUCUGAAUUGGUUGGCUUAGUAAGGCGAGAAACUUCAGAUGUCACGUUUAAAGCCUCUGAAGGCAAGACGGCAAACGGAGGCUUGGCUGAGCCGUUACCGUCAUGGGUGGUGUGUAAGGAUGAGACCCUCACACGACCUCGUGUGGCUAGCGGUGAGCUGCUGAGGCGACAGGCUGAUGACGGGCGUGAUGCGCAGGACUGGGCGCCUGUCACAUCGCUUGGCACCAUCGGUCAAGCAAGUGCGUGUAAACAGGAGCCAAGUGUGUCCCAGUCCACGGCAAUAAGCACUGAUUUGAAUCGGGAGAGUCCAGUUACUGUCAGCUUUGCAUCACUCCAAAGUCAUCAGAAGGGAAAAAUGGACACAAACUGCCGACGAAAUGGAGACCAAGGACUUCCUGAAGCCCCUUCUCAUAUUUCACAGAGAAUCGACCAUUUUUGUAAGAACAGUCCGACCGUACAGAAAACCGUCAUCACUGGCUCUUUAGAAGCUGAAGGAAAACCCCAUCAGCUGAUUUCUUGUUUCAUUAAGAAAGAAGGUAACCAUAUAGACGUUUCUAGUAUUUCAGAAGAAAGGAUAAAGCAGAGGUCCCUUGACCUCAUGGAGGAAGAAUUAACUAACAUCAAAGAGGAGGUUUUAGAGGUGGAGAUUUCUUCCAGUAUAAAGAAAGAGAUGACCACGGUAAAUGAAGUUAAAGAAACCUGUCCAGCAACUGUGGACAGCAUUCGUUCCUCCCCUUCGCAAGCCUGUGAACCAGAAGGACCUUCUCAAGCCUCUUGCCAUGUUGUAGAGGGAAUAGCUCACUUUGGACAGGGCCUCUUGGAGCUGGGCAGUUUGGCUGGGCAAAGAGAUGCAGAAGCUGGAUGUUUGGAAACUGAAGAGGGAGUUUCUGGUAACAUUAAGCAAGAAGAGGAUACUCAAGUGGACUUUAGUGGUGUUUCAGUUGACGGUAUGGAGCAGGGAUACAUUAACAGUAUUAAGGAAGAGUUUGUUGGUUGUAAAGAGGAGGUCUCCGAGUUGGGGUUUUCUUCCAGUAUUAAGGGCCAGAUCCUUGCCGUGGAAUGUGAUGGUGGUCUGUAUAAAGUUAAGGAAGCUACAUUAGAGUCUGUGCAAGUUAGAUCAUCUUUACUUCAGCAAGACUGUGGGCCUGGAAGUGAGUAUAUGAAGAGUUUAGGAGAGAACCUGACAUGUGAUGAAAAUAUUGAGAGCAGAUCUGAGUUGCAUUGCUGUGAUGAAUGCUGUAUGACCUUCAUGAAACCUCGUCACCUUAAAAUACACAAGAGAAUUCAUGCAGGGACCAAACCUUAUGAAUGUAGAGAGUGUGGAAAGAUCUUUGGCUGUUCCAAAAACCUUAAGCAGCAUCAGAGAAUUCACAUGGAAGACAAACCUUACCAAUGUUCUGAAUGUGGACUGACGUUUAGGUUUAACGGACAGUUUAAAUAUCACCAGAGAACCCACACCGAAAAAAAAAACUACCAAUGCACCGAAUGCUCCAAGUCUUUCAGUCGGUCUGCUCACCUUAAGCAACACCAGAGGAUUCACACAGGAGAAAAACCCUUCCAGUGUAAUGAAUGUGGGAGAACAUUCAGCUGUAAUAGAAACCUGAAGCACCACCAGAGAAUUCACACGGGCGAAAAACCAUACCAGUGCACAGAGUGUGGAAAGACUUUCAGCCGUGCUGCGAACCUUAAAGAGCACCAGAGGAUUCACACUGGAGACAAACCCUACCGAUGUACAGAAUGCGGGCUCACUUUCCGCUUUAGCGGACAGUUUAAAUUUCACAUGAGAAUUCACACAGGCGAAAAAUCUUACCAGUGCAAGGAAUGCGGGAAAUCCUUCACCUGCUCUCGGAUGCUGAAACAGCACAAGAUGAUUCACAAAGGAGAACGAGUGUACCGCUGCUCGGAGUGCGGAAAGAAUUUCACUUGUUUUACAAACCUUAACCAGCACUUGAGAAUUCACACCGGGGAGCGACCGUUCCCGUGUCCAGAAUGUGGAAAGACUUUCAGUCGAGCAGAGAACCUAAAACAGCAUCUGAGAAUUCACACUGGUGACAAACCAUACAGAUGUGCUGAAUGUGGGGACACUUUCAGGUUUAGUGGACAGUUUAAACGCCACCAGAAAAUUCACACGGGAGAAAAAGCAGCAAGCCUUCUGCCUUCAGUGGAUGUGUUGAACUCAAAUAAUAAUAGUAAUGGUCUGUGGAGAAAUAUAACUGAUUUAAUUCCGGGCUUUGGCUUGACAAUUCAAGAACAGAAACUUGUCCCAAAUCCACUGCAGUGCUGUCUUGGCUAUAUGGAUCCGGACAUUGUCGUGCUGAAAGGACUUUCCUUAGCUUCUAUCCAUAUUUCAGAGGAAACAUCUCACUUUUACCAAGGCAGUGUGGCUGUGCAGAGAGCUGCAAAUGCUGUCUUUUGGAAAAUAGAAGAGGAAAUUCCUGGGCAGAUGUCUAGUGCCAUUAAACCAAAUGGAUUUCCUAGAGUUCCAAAUAGCAAUUUUGAGCAGGAAUCCAUCAGUACUGAGGUAGAUGAGCUUAAGUCAAUCAGCAAUGAUGAUGGGAUCACUGUUGAAUGUUCUUCCUCCAUUAAAGAAGAGAUUCCUGCUGUGGAGUGUGCAGCUGAAAAUAAAUUAGCCAUGUACACAUCUAAAGAAAGCCAGCUACAGUGUGGCCAGAACAGUCUGUCCUCAGCUCAACAGGCAUGUGGAUGCACAGAAACUUGUGAAACCGCCUGCCAUUUUGAAGAGGGAAUGGCUCACCACUGUUUGGAUUCCUUGGAGCCAGACAGUGUAAUUGUACAAAGAAUCAUCAAUAGUGGUGAUUUGACAGACGAAAAUGAAGUUCCUGAAGUCAUUUCUAUACAUGUUAAAGAAGAAGAUAAUCAAGUGGACAUUAAUUGGGUUCCCAACAAUGUUGUGAGUCAGGGAUCCAUCAGAACUAAUAAGGAAGAAUUGAUUGCAGUCAAAGAUGAACUGUUGGAGGUAGAAGUUUCUUCCAUUACCAAGCAAGACAUGCUGGCUGUAGAGUGCUCAUGUGAUGAUGAAUCCACUGAGUAUAAAGUGAAGGACUCUGAUCUGAAGAACGAGGAUAGUCUAUCUUCAGCUCAGCAGGAGUGUUUGACUGAUCAUAAGCAAGUCCAUAUCGUGAGUUUAGGGAGGAAUUUCAUGGAGAAAGGAAGAACUGAAAACCUUCAACUGGUACAUACUAGGGUGGUGCAACCAAAUUAUGGAGAAAAAUCCAAAUUACAAGAUCUAAAAAUCAAGAUUGUUCAUACAGGCAGUAAACCGUACCAGUGCACUGAAUGCAAAAAAAACUUUACUUGUUCUAGAAGUCUUAAACACCACCAGAGAAUUCACACGGGAGAAAAACCAUACCAGUGCUCUGAAUGUGGUCUGGCCUUUAGGUUCAGUGCCCAGUUUAAAUACCACCAGAGAAUUCAUAUCGAAACAAAAACAUACCAGUGUGCUGAAUGUGGAAAGACAUUCAGCUGGGCUGCACAUCUUAAACAACACCAGAAAAUUCACACGGGAGAGAAACCGUACGAAUGUCGCGAAUGUAGUAAAUCAUUCAGCUGCUCUAGAAACCUUAAACACCACCAAAGAAUCCACACGGGAGAAAAACCAUUCCAGUGUCCUGAAUGUGGGAAGAUGUUUAGUCGAGCUGAAACCCUCAAACAGCAUCAGAGGAUCCACACAGGAGAUAAACCGUACCAGUGUACUGAAUGCGGAUUGACUUUUCGGUUUAGUGCACAAUUUAAAUAUCACCAGAGAAUUCACUCUGAAGCAAAAAUAUACCAGUGUGUCGAAUGCACCAAGUGUUUCAGCUGGGCUGCACACCUCAAGCAACAUCAGAAGAUUCACCUCGGAGACAAACCAUACCAGUGCAAUGAGUGUGGCAAAAUGUUCAGUUGUUCGAGAAACCUUACACAUCAUCAGAGGAUCCACACAGGAGAAAAACCAUACCAUUGUCCCGAAUGUGGAAAGACUUUCAGUCGGGCCGAGACCCUCAAACAACAUCAGAGAAUUCACACAGGAGACAAGCCGUACCAAUGCCCUGAAUGUGGAUUAACCUUUCGGUUUAGCGGACAAUUUAAUUUCCACGUGAAAGUUCACACGGAAAAACGAACUUACGAAUGUCCUGAAUGUGCAAAAUCUUUCAGCCGAGCUGCAAACCUAAAACAGCAUCAGAGAAUCCACACGGGAGAAAAGCCUUAUCGGUGCAGCGAGUGCGGAAAUGCUUUCAGUCGGGCCGGAACUCUGAAACACCACCUGAGGAUUCACACUGGAGACAAACCGUACCACUGCUCCGAAUGCGGGAAGGCUUUUAGUCAGGCCGAAACCCUUAAGCAACACCAGAGAAUCCACACGGGGGAUAAGCCAUACAAGUGUGAUGAAUGUGGAAGGACUUUCAGAUUUAACGGACAAUUUAAGCGCCAUCUGAGAAUUCACACCGGAGAAAGACCCCACAGAUGUGUAGAAUGUGGAAAGACCUUCAGCUGGGCUACAUACCUCAAACUUCAUCAGAAAAUUCACACAACAUCCAAAAGUAAGAACUAAUCUGAAGAAAACCCAGAAGAAAGCAAAUCACAAAUUGAAAAACUCAAAAACUCAUCAGAGGAACAGGAACUUGGAUUUUAUAAAAAAGAACAGAAGAAGACGACGAACAUCUUUGAGUGCUCAGAAAAGGUGGUCGUGAUGUAAAAGCAUCACCAGAUAAUCAACAAGAAAAAUAUUGGGGUGAAGGCUAAAUGAAAAUCCAAAACCAAAUUCAUGCUUCAAUAAUGUUCCAUCAACCUUCAUAUCUCUCACUUUCUGUCAUGGGUGAAGAUCUAGAUAAUGGCUCUGAAUGUCAUGUCAAGUCAUUUUUAACAUGCUUAGUCCAGCAUAGGAUUAUGGGGGAGGCAGCUAUCAUAGAGCACAAGGUAGGAAUUAACCCUGGACAGGGUGCCAGUCCAUCGCAGAGUGAACGCACACACAUACACACACCCCGGGCCAAUUUAGUUUAGCCACUUCACCUAACCUGCAUGUCUUUGUUACAGUAGGCAGAAAUCACAAAAGAGGGGAACAUAAAAGCUCCACACAGUGAGGACCUGAGAUGUGAACCCUGAUCUCCUUGCUGCAUUGCAACAUCUCUACCACCUGGCCACCUCUGACUCAGUUCUGGUGGACUGCAAUGGCUGCAGGUUUUUGUUCAAACCCAUUUUCUUAAUGAGAAUUAUUGCUAAUUGCUGACUUACUGCUCAAGUGACAUUUUGAUGCUUCAUUUUGGUGGUCUCGCAUGUUAAAGUUCCCCACCCUCAAUUGCUUAUUUCAGUCUUAAACAGCUGCAUUCAAAGUUUUAAUGGCUCCUUAUUAGCAGUAAGAUGCAAAUGACACAGGAGUUAACAGUUCUGCAUCUACAGGGAGAUUCACUCGAAAGAGGCCCCGAAUAUUCUGUUGUAACUUCCACUUAGAUAAAGCAAUCUGAACCAAAAAAAAAAAUACGCUCUAUACCUUGACGUAAGUUUAAUCGAUUAAAUUACAUGCGAUGCUGGAAGUGGUUUCCGUUUUCUGACAGAUGCACUUUCGAUGUGGCGCUCCAUGUUCCUGAAUGUAUCAGCAAGUGUCUCGGUGGGGAAUAGCAGCAAUUUCACAUUGGAUGUUUUCCUUCAAAUCUUCCACAGUGCAAGGCUUGUUCCGAUAGACUUUUCCAUUGAACAGACCCCAAAGGAAGAGGUCUGGUGGUUUCAGACCCAACUGUGGUGGCCAAAGCUCCUUUGAAAUUACCCUGUUGCCGAAGAAGGACUCAAUUUCUGGAAUGCUCCUUGCCAAUGCGUGACAUGUUUCUCCAUCUUGCUAGAAGUUAUCUUCCGUUAACUCCCGAUUAUCCAGUUGAUUCUGACAUCACUUAAACAAAUUGGUGACCCAACAGGUUCACACCAUGAAGACGAGCUACUCAAUA